GAAAUGUGAUUCCAAAUUUUAUCGCUAGGGUUUAGUAAUUAAAGAAAGUUGUGAUUUAUUUUUAACUUCUCGUUUAAAAUACAGAUAACUGUCAUAUUACUCUAAAAUUAUACCUACUGUCAGUACUAAUGUAUUAUGCGCAAUAUCAUUAUAUUCGUACCCAAAUACAGUUAAGAAUUUAGUCCUCGAAAAUUCACUUAAAAAUUUUGAGAAAAUGAAUAUUUUCGCUGACUUUUUUAAGCAGUUUAACUCACCAGCAUGCAUGAUUUUAUAUAGAAAAACAUUAUUUAAUUCUUUUUUCACACCUAACUUAUUAUGUGUACUAUAUAGCUUUAUUGUUUUUACAUGAAAUUUUAGGGCUUUAAAAUUAUCAUGGCAUUUAAUUCUUGGUUAUCAAUAUAUCCUUUAAGUACAAAUUGCUACGUUAUUAAAUGUAACUGGAUUUUCCUAUUUUCCUAAACAAAAAAAAUGGAGGAAUUAAAGCAAGAAGGUGAAGAAGCAUCUGACAUAAGAAAUUAUUUAGCAUCUUUCCACAAAGAAAUAGAAUGUGAAGAUAUGGAUGAUGCAGAUUCAGGAAAUGAUAUGGAGGAUAAUGAAUCCGAUGGAGAAUGUGCUAGUGCUGAUGAGUUAUAUGUUUAUCCAUCCAAAAAUGUGCUUGAGAAAAGUCCAAGAAAAAAAGCAGCUGAAAUCAUCAGGUUAGGAUCUAACCCUUCUGUGAAACCUAGGACCACUCUGAAUGUUCUUUCGGAUGCCCAAGAGGAAGCAACUAUAAUUCCAGCGAUUGGAGAAGAGCUGCACAUAGAUGAACAGCGUGCACUAGAGAUGGUAGCAGAGAUUGCACAACAGGCUGCAGUUAAUUCAUCUCAAAAUGUUGGUUUAACGGGCCUAGAAUCCGGGAGUUCUUACCAGACUGUUACCAUUGUCCCAUCUGAUACAAACCCUGGUGAACUGAGCUAUGUAGUUUUCAUGUCGGAUCCUAAUGAUUGCAUCGAUAAAAGCGAUGAAAACAUUAAUAUGUCUGUUUAUGAUUUUAAUGAUGGUGAACAGUUUAGUGAAGCUUUCUUAGCAGAACAACUCGGUUCAGAUGGGGUCAAGAUGCGCACAAUAAGAUUAUCAGCCAGAAGAACACAAAUUGUAACUCAACAACAUGUAUGUAAUUAUUGUAGUUAUACCAGUCCGAAACGAUAUUUAUUAUCGAGACACUUGAAAUCUCAUUCUGAUGAACGUCCUCACAAGUGUGGUGUGUGUGAAAGAGGCUUUAAAACUCUGGCAUCUCUACAAAAUCAUGUAAAUACUCACACAGGUACUAGGCCUCAUCCGUGUAAAGAGUGUGCUUCCUGUUUCACGACUUCGGGAGAACUUGUGCGGCACGUUCGCUACAAACACACUCACGAAAAGCCUCAUAAAUGCACUGAAUGUGACUAUGCUAGUGUAGAAUUAAGCAAAUUAAAGAGGCAUAUGCGUUGCCAUACAGGAGAGAGGCCUUAUCAGUGUCCACACUGCACAUAUGCUAGUCCAGAUACUUAUAAAUUGAAACGUCAUUUGCGCAUCCAUACGGGUGAAAAGCCAUACGAGUGUGAUAUCUGCCAAACUAGAUUCACUCAGUCGAACAGUUUAAAAGCUCAUAAAUUGAUUCAUUCUGGAAAUAAGCCAGUGUUUCAUUGUGAAUAUUGUCCAGCCACUUGUGGGAGGAAGACUGAUUUGCGCAUCCACAUGGAGAAAUUGCAUUCAAGUGACAAUCCUCAUAGAUGCAAAAGAUGUGGGAAGGUUUUCCUCGAUCGAUACAGUUACAAGAUUCAUGUUAAAAGUCAUGAUGGAGAGAAGUGCUUCAAAUGUGAUUUGUGCAAUUACGCUUCUACUACUCAGAGACAUUUAGAAACUCACAUGUUCAUCCAUACAGACCAGAAACCUUAUCAUUGUGAUGAAUGUGAACAAUGCUUCAGACAGAAACAACUCUUAAAAAGGCACAAAAACAUAUAUCACGAUCCUAAUUACGUUCGACCUGAACCUAAAGAGAAGACUCAUAUCUGUAGUCUAUGUGAUAAAUCUUUUCGCCAUAAGGGAAAUUUAAUACGUCAUUAUGCCAUUCAUGAUCCUGAAGCCACAGCAUCAGAGCGUGAAGUAGCAAUGAGGUUAGGUGAGCCUAAGGAACCUGGGGAAGACCAAGAUGGAGAAGAAGAUGAAGAUGAUCUUGAAUAUGUUAAAGAAGAUUCAGACAAUAGCAAAGAUGAUCAACAGGUUGUUGUAUUUGAAGUUAUCCAGCUUCCUACUGCAAAUGGUCUUAAUUCUGAAGAUCAGACGGUUAUGAUGAUGGAUGGGCGUACUCUCAUGUUAAAUGGAGGAGAACGACAAAGCUAUUCGAUAAUACAACAAGCUGAUGAUGAUGAUGGUAGUAAUGAUUUUUUUAAUUUCUCUGAGCCUCUUUCUGACACAGAAGAUGUAGAAAAUAUUUCAUCUAUUUCAUCUAAAAGCAAUCCAAAUUCAGAAGGUAGUUUCCGUAGCAAAGUUAUAAGUCGUGGAAGGAAAUCACGACAAUUCGAUAAUAGCGGUUACAGCAAUAAAAUAUGUGUGCGGGCCAGCUCAAACAAAAGCAAAGUGUCAAAUUCUCGAAAAUCUCACAUUUUAAGAGUUGUUCCUGAUAAAACAGUAUCUAACAGUGAAAGUCCUAAUGUGCUGAGUUUCCCAGAAGAAGAUGCGAUAUUACAGAGAGAAAAGAAUUUAGAACAUUCUAGAGAACUAGAAACGCAAAAAGAUUUUGAGGAAUACUUUGGCUUUAAUGACAAAGAUGAAGAUCUACUUUCAGUGUCUUCCCAUCCAGAUUAUCAAACAUUCCAUUCUAGUAUUGUAAAUGAAAUUUCUUGACAUUUUAAGUGGUUGACUUAAAAAUUAUGCCUAUCUGAAGUGCUUUCAUAAGACACUGGAAGCUCUGAAUAAAAUUCUCGGUAUGUUUGACGGAGCAAGAACAUGUAUUUGAAGAUCAUUUAUUUUGUUAAGUUGACUUAGCAUCAUGUGGAUUCAACUGUGUUGUAUAUAUCCUUGUUUUGUUACAUGAAAUAUAUAUUAUAUGACCUUCUAAGCUAACAUGUGACGUAAGUUUUCAAAAAUGUAAAAUGUGAAUUUGUAUCAGUAAUGGAAUAGAAUGGGAUGAUAUCCAUCAUGUAAUGUCUUCAUCCUUUACGAAUGUUUUUUGCUUAGAAGUCACAUAAAUAUUCCCAAAUUUUUAUAUAUUUACUCUGUGACUAACUCAGAAUUAAAAUUUGUCUUAGAAGCUUAUUUAUUCAUUUUGUCAACAGCUGUGUCUAAUAUAUUAAAUGGCAUUGAAAAGACAUUUGAUGCUUUUAUUUUCUUCAUGUUGUAUGAGUAACUUAGAAUUAUUACCUUUACUUGAAUUCUACAUCAACAAUUUUUAACUCUAAGGAGAAUCAGUUAGCGAAUCAAUGUUGGUAUGCAUUUUGCACUAAUGAGUAGUUUUAAGCUUACUUAAAUACCUGUGCCAUCUGCAGUCCUCCCUCCCAAGUAACACAGCACUUUUUUCUAAAUAAAUAUACAUAUAAUAUGAAAUUAUAUAUCAUGAGUUUGAACUUAGCUUUUAUUUGUAGAGGCAAUAUUUAUUAGUUAUUAAUAUUUUAAAGCACUUUAUAUUUCAUAUUGCUUAAUUUUUCAUGCAUACAGGAUGAUCAUAAAAAAAUGAUAUAUGAAGUGCUAGUGGCCUAGCCGUUCAAGCAAUCAAAACUUCCGAUAUUGUUAUUUGGAAAAUAUGCACUCAAGGUAGUGAUUAUUUAAUAAAACAAUAGAGCUGUCAUCGUUGUUGUUACUGGGAAAAAAUUUUGGAAUUUUUGAGUGGCAACACCCUCAUUUUUUUCUUGCAUAAAUUGAUCAACGCAUUGAAAAAUCAUAAAUCACAUUAGAAUGAUAUAUGUAUGGCAGAAAGUGCCACCGUAAAGCAUUUGCAAAGAAGAGCUCUGUAAAGGACCAAUGGCAACACAAGAGAGGAAUUAAAAAAGCUUUUAUUGGUAUUACUGGUCAUAUCUAGGGAAACAAUAGCCCAUACUUUGUUUGUGGGAGUUAGCACCAAUCUCAAAAUGCAUAAUAAAUAUUGUGUAAAAUUGACUUGUUUGAAAUGUGAAAGUUGGAAUUUGAGUUUUUAGAACAAGAUAUAAUUUGUGGAAGAAAUUCCUUUUUUAUUGAAAGGAACCUGGUUAAAAGAAUUGAAGCAUAAUAGGAUAUGGUUAUGAGAUAUGGCACCAGACUAUCUGAAAAUCAGAUUCUCAUUGCUAGCAAUACUUAUGAGAAUUUUUACAUGAGAAAUUAAACAAUUAAGUGGGAGAUUAACUGCAAUUAAUACAAAAUUAGGUUGGGUUGUUUGUUUUAAAUCUGAGGAGUUUUCAUAUCACGCAUAAAAAACAAAUGCGGUAAUAUUAUGUGCAAGUUUGCAGGUAGAAAUCUCAGAAUUUCUGUCCUUUGGAAUUUGAAAAUGAUUGGAAUAUUAGAUACUCAGCAAAACUUAAAUAAAGCUGAUGAAGAGGAAAUAGCUCAUGAGUAAUUCUUGAGUUCGUUUUCUAGAACUAAAGAUGGUUGUUACAGUGUCUGCUUACCGUAGUUAGGAAACAAUUUGAAUUACCAUUGUUACAUUGCAGAAAAGAGAUUGUUUAAUGUUACUCAAAAGCUGAAGUCAUUAAAUAAGCACAGAGGAUAUGAAGCAGUUUUUGAAGAUUGGAUUAGGAAAGGUAUGAUGGAAGUGGUACCAAAUGGAGAUCUUAAUUUCAAGGAGUAGCAUUAUCCACAUCAUUCAGUAUUUAAAUCUCACAGUAUGACUGCUAAAGACCAUUUUUAAUGCAUCUUGUAAGGUUAAUCCACCCUCACGUGGUGAUUGUUUAAAGGUCCGAAUCUAAUAGAAGAAAUCCCUUCAAUUUUACUGUGAUUUCGAGAAAAAAUAUUGGAAUUACAGCAGAUAUUAAGUGUUCAUUCUUACAAAUAGAGUUAAAACAGAAAGAUAGGAAUUUUGUGAGAUUUUUAUCAUGGGAAAAAGGCAAUAAAAUUAAAGUUUUCCACCAUACUAGGUAGGUUUUGGAAUAACAUCCAGCUCAUUUUUAUUGAAAGCCAUCAUUGCCAUACCAUUUGUCUCAACAACUGAUGGAACUAAGUUCCAUUGCUCAAAAUUUAAUCAAGACAUUUUACAUCGAUAAAAGCGUUUUAACUUCUAUGAAUAGUAAGCAAAUGUUGAAAGAUUUUAUAAUUCAAUCAAAAUUUUAGCAGAGGCAAAAAUGGAUUUACAUAUGUGGGGAUUUGAUCCAAAAUUAGAGGAUAUUGAUUUUAUUUUUAGAAAUAUUAAUACAAAAUUUUAUUUCCAAAGAUUGGUGCACCAUUUUAGGACUUCAAAGGAAUAGAAAAGAGGAUGUUCUUUCCAUUAGCUUGAAAUCUGGGUAAGUUCCAGUAAGUUUGUCAUAAAGGGAAAUGUUAUUAAUAACACAACAUUUUUUGGGGGACAAAAUUGACCUUCAGCCACCGUUCUUGUAUGUUGCUCAAUAAAUAAGUAAUUACACCAAAGUGUUCCCGCCUUUUGGCAACUCAGACUACCAUAUGGGCGAGAGCAUCACUAUGAAGAUCGAUGCUAACUGUGAGAAUAUCUUUGGAGUGAUCAAUACUGCUAAGGAUAUUGAGACUAAUACUCAAGAAUAUAUUCUGAAAAGAAUUCAAGAGCUGGAUAUACAGAUUCAUGCUACCAACAUCUAUCCAAAUGUAUCAACAGAGACGAUCACUCAUCAACGAUGAUGUAAUUACCGGACCAAAAGCCUAACUGCUCCAGGAUCUACAACGUGAAGUAAAUGAACUGAAAUGUAAGUGUGGUUUGACUGCCUCUUCAGCCUUUGUUGUACCCAAACGUAAAAUUGAUGAAAUUAAAUCUAAAUAUAAAAGGAAUUCCUGUGUAGAUAAUGAUCAUGGGAUUUCCAGUGUAGAUAAUGAUGGUUGUAAAACUGCAACAAAAAGUACAAAACAGCUUAAAAUUGAUAAGAAACCUCAGCUGACAAAAAUAGUUAAUCAGUUUAAUUUCGAAAAUGUAGAUGCAAAAGCUAAUAAAACCCCAGAGGUUCAGGUUAUAUAGCAGCAGCAGAGCACUAGCCCUCCCUAUGCUAAUUUCCCAAUCAUGGUUAAUCCGGUAACCUUUCACAUGAAGAAUUCUUGAUAAAGUUUGCAAAUACUACUGAAGUUCAAUUCCUUGGGAAAGUAAAUGGAUCAUCAGAUUGUAAGUGAACUUUUCACAUAGCAUAAUAUCGAGCUUUAUCAUUUUUAACACUAGGUAUGCGCAUCCUAUUAAGAUCAUGAUUUGUAGUGUGGCCACCAAUACUAAAAAAGAAAGUAUCAUCGACGCACUCGCUGGGAAUGAGGUUUUUCAGUUAGGAAACUUACACAAUUCAUGAGAAGAAAGACUAAGAUUGCAAUGCCACUAUUCAUGGUUCAGUUAGUUAGAAAUUAAACUAUUCAUAAAAUAUAUGAUUUGAAAGAUCUAUAUUUUUCUGUUUCAACUGAAAAAUGUGUCCAAGAUUCAGGCACUGCAUUGCCCAUAACUGCCAAUGGUAUGAACAUUCUUUGGACAACUGUUAUUUUCAACCACACAGUGUUAAAUGCUCACUUGCACAUAAAAGACAGAUUCUCCACAAAAAGAAAGGAUCAAUAAACUAAACUGCAGUAACAGCCAAGGCUGUAAUGUUGCUUCUUAUCGUGGAUGUGUAUAAAGUUCCCCCAAAAAAAUAAACCCAGAGCAAAAAUGCCACUUCAGUUAGAUCAGGCAUGUCAUAUGCAGAAAAACAGGCCGCAAACCUAAAUUUUAAUCCCACUGAAAAUAUCUUUAACUUGGCUACCUAUGUAUCUGUUCAACUGGUCAAAAAUUCUAAAAGCUGUAGUGAUAGUAAUUAGUUAAAAAGUACUCCUAAGAGUUCAAACUUGAAUGGUAAAAAUCAAAUCCCUGUAUUUUUAACUCUGCUUAAAUACAUGACUGAAGGAAAUUUUUAGAAAAAAUAAAGUAGCAGUCAUGAAUAUUGUUUUUAAAACAUACAUGCCUAAGUUAAAGGCUGCAAAUGAACCUACUGACAAAAUGUAUCUGGUUAACAAAAGUUUUCUGCCAAAAAACGUUCUUCAUAAAUUUAGGGGGAAAAAAAGAACAUAAAAGCAGUACCUUUAGUGUGGGUAGUAUCACUCAAAUCUAUGAUUUUCUGCCAACGUUUCAGUAGUUUCUCAAAACCUUAAGCCCAGGAACUUGGUGGUCAUGAAUCCAAAAACAGAUCAACGUUACUUCAGACAUCCUGUUCAGAUUGGAAGAUAGCACCAGCAAGAUGUAGCUGCAGGUGUGAAAAAAAGUAGAAGUCCGAAGGUGCCAUGUCGAGGCUGUGUGGUGGGGUGUGGCAAAAAUUCUCAUUCAAGUUCAUACAAAAUCCAGGCAGUGAAUGCAGACACAUGUGGUCUUGCAUUAUCUUAAUGGAAAAUUAUUUUUUUGCGCUGAAACUCAGUUCAACGUUUUUCCUUGAUAGCAGCGUCAGAUUGGACUAGCAUCUUGCUGUACACCUUACUUUCGAGAGUUUUAUCUUUAUCCAGAUAUUCUUUGUAGAUAAUACCAUGGCAAUCCCACCAGAUACAAACCAUGAUCUUUUUGUUAAUCAAAUUGCACUUUGCAAUGCUGCCAACGGACUCAUUAGUUGCAGACCAACUCCCUUUUCAUCCUAUGUUAUUGAAGUAAAUACAGUUUUCAACACAAGUAAAGAUCCGAUCCAGAAGUUUGUCUUUGGGUUGAUAUUCGAGCAGAUUAGUGCAGGCCUGAACAUGUCUUUCCUUAUCUGCUUGAGUCAGCUCAUGAGGAACCAAGCGAUUGAACUUUAUGUCAGGUUUAUGCGAUGCGUAACACAGCUAAUGGACAUGGCACUAAUGACUAACUCUUUAGCAAGCUUUUGAGUAGUUGCAUACUUAUCUUCUUUCACAAAUUCUCACAGGUGGGCCUUGUCAAAUCGGUAGGCUGACCAGAGCACUCUGCUUCUUGAAUGGCAUAGUUCUUGUUUUUGAACUUUCAGUACUAAACCUUCACAGUCUGUUAUGAUAUAACAUUAGCAUUCAAAGUUGUACACAUGAUUUGGUGACAUUGUAUAGAUGGCUUUUUGAAAAAAACCUCAAAGUAAAUUAUGGUUAUAAUCUGGUAGUGUGAUAGUUCCAUUUCGGACUCCUUGGACUUAAGGAUAACAAUAUUUUUUUUUACAAAUUUCAUAGCACAGUAGCAAGUCUGUUUCUUUGAAAUGCCAAAAAUCAUUUGACAAAAUAUGAUUAAACAUGCCAACGUGAACUGUUUGUGCAGAUCUUUAAGGUGGCGGGAAACUUUCGUUAAAUAUGGUAUUCUAUAUAUGUAUACCUUUUUACAUUUUAUGUUAUCUUCUUUGUAUAACUGAUAUGGCUAAAGAAAAAAAACUGAUUUGCAACACUGAGAGUUGGUUACCAUGGUUGCGAGAUCAUGUUUGCUCUCACCAUGUACCUUUUUCUUAUUUGAAUGGGUAUAAAGUGAUGGUGACCCAUGUUUGACAUUUUUAAGUUAAAUGUUGUUCUAUAUGUAUAUAUAGAGAAUUGUAAGGCUCUUAAGUUUUACUAACAUUUAUUUUAUUUUAAAACUUUACUAUCAUCUCUUAUUUUCACUUCGGGCCAGAAUAAACGCAUUAAACUGUUUAUGCAAAUUGUACUUGCUAACGCUUAAGUAUUUAAGUUGUGGCUUUUUGCCAAGACCAGAGUUAGAUAGGGAGAGAGGGAGCUUUCUUGCCACUAUACUUCACAUGAGCUUGCAAUCAGUUGCUGUCCACCUUUAAGGCCAGAGGUUUUAGUCCUCUUGAAAGCUAAAUAUGUAUUAUAGUUUUCCGCAGUUUGCAUUCUACAUACAUAAUAAUUUAAGAGGCCAUUCUUAAUGUUAGUCAUUUGUGUAAAGUUAAACUGUUAUUUUUAGUUAGUAGUUUGCAUAUUUUUACGUUCAGACCACAAGUGGUUGAUCUUUGUAUACCGAAGUGCGGGAGCGCCUGUAAUAUCAUGGAAAAUAAAGUGCAAUUAAACCCUU